UCCCCAGCCCAUCCCGACAGGUGGCCGCUGUUGUUUUAUAUUAUUCCGAGUGUGAUAGACACGCCUCGGACAUAAACUAUUUGCACUCUUUAUGGAGUAGGCCUAGACUUAAAACAACAAGAGCUAGUGAGUUUUGAAGCCAACUCUGUUCGUCCCCGUAACGACUGUGUUCCGAAUAGCCUACAAAAUGCUUACUUCGCUACUGCAAUCGCUCGACUUGAAGAGCAUUUUGCUUUUCCUCGUCAUAUUCCUUUUAAUUGCCGACUACAUCAAGAAUCGAAGACCUGCUAAAUAUCCCCCUGGACCACUGGCAUUGCCCUUCGUGGGAAACCUAUUCAACAUCGAUUCCAAACAGCAACAUAUUUAUUUUACCAAGUUGGCUGAGGUUUAUGGCAACAUCUAUGCUUUACGUCUGGGCCAAGAUGAAGUGGUGUUUGUCACUGGCUAUAAAAUGGUGAAAGAGGCCCUAGUGGGUCAGGCUGAGACCUUUGAGGAUCGUCCCUCUAGCCCAGUGGCUAAUAGAGUCUACCAAGGAGAUGGGGGUCUGUUCCCAAGUAGUGGACAUAAAUGGAGAAGGCAUCGUCGUUUCACGCUGACCACACUCAAAAACUUUGGCCUGGGGAAGAAGACGCUGGAGAAUGCCAUUUGUCAGGAGUGCCGCUACCUUCAGGAGGAGAUGGAGAGCCAAAAAGGUGAUCCAUUUGAUCCAAAAGAUCUUCUCAACAAUGCUGUUUCCAAUAUAAUUUGUCAGAUGGUAUUUUCACGGCGGUAUGAUUACACUGAUGAUACUUUCAAGAAGAUUAUUCAUAUGAUGACCGAAGCAAUAUAUCUAGAGGGAACAUUAUGGGGCCAGCUAUAUGAAGCCUUUCCUGCCAUAAUGAAGUACCUGCCUGGGCGACACAAUGAUAUUUUUAAAGACUAUGAAAACAUCAGUGCAUUUAUAAGGAAAGAAGUGGAGAGACACAAGGACAACUUUGACCUAGAGAACCCCAGAGACUACAUUGAUGCCUACAUCACUGAGAUGAAGAGUGGAUCAUGUAAUCCCGCUGAUGGCUUUGAUGAAACCGGGCUGGUUUUGAACUCACUGGACCUGUUUAUUGCUGGGACAGAAACCACCUCCACCACCCUGCUGUGGGCCCUGCUUCUCCUGAUCAAGAACCCAGAUGUACAGGAGAAGGUGCAAGCAGAGAUUGACCAUGUAGUUGGGCAGUCACGCCAACCCAGCAUGGAUGACCGAGCCAAUAUGCCGUACACUAAUGCUGUGAUCCACGAGAUUCAGAGAAUAGGAAAUAUUGUUCCAUUGAAUGGUCCACAUAUGGCAACGAAGGACACAACUCUGGGAGGAUACUUUAUACCCAAGGGAACAGCUCUGAUGCCCAUGUUGACAUCAGUGCUGUUUGAUAAGUCUGAAUGGGAAACACCCGAGGAAUUCAACCCAGGUCACUUCCUGGACUCUGAGGGCAAGUUCAGGAGACGAGACGCAUUCAUGCCCUUCUCUGCAGGGAAGCGGGUGUGCCUUGGAGAACAGCUGGCUAGAAUGGAGUUGUUUUUGUUUUUUGUGAGCCUGUUUCAGAAAUUUAGGUUUUCCACACAAGAAGGAGUCGAGCUGAGCCUGCAAGGAGAUGUAGGAGUCACACACAGCCCCUUCCCCUUCAAAAUUUUUGCACAUACACGCUGACAGGGCAUUGACCAUUUCAAUACAUUAAACUUGAAUUAAAUUGAUUAAAAAUCACAAUUAAUCUUG